AUGGGAGUAACAGUACAAAAUAUAACAGGAAGCACAGCAAUGGUAAUUUGGCCAACCAUGGCCAUUUGUGCUGACAGCUUUUACAGUAUUAUGUAUCAUCCCAACCGGAACAACAUGCUGUCAGGUUAUUCAAGAAAAAAUUUUCAGAAAGAAGAGAGAGUGCCUGCUAGUCGGUCUUCAUUUGUCAUCGAAAACCUAACUCCACUAACCACCUACAUAUUGUGCGUAACCUGCCAAUCUGCAAACCCCUCCAGCGACCAAUGCAGAAUUUUUCACACAUUAGAAGAAGAUCCAGCAUCAGCAAGCAACAAAAAAAAAGAUCUGGCCCUGGGUAUCUGGCUAACUAGCAGUAUUCUGCUUCUCAUCAUUGCCGGGAUCCUCCUUUAUGGCUGCCUGCAUAUAUGGUACCGCAAGAGACGAGAACGUGUAGAAGGACAAAACAUGACCUCAGAACAGGACAAGGGGGAGGCUUGGACAAUAAACAAGUCACACACCCCAGAGCAGUUUAACAUGCAAGGCAGAUUAGUCCAAAGUGUUGAGGGUAAGAAUGCAGAAGGUAUCCAACUGGUUACCAUAAUAGAAAAUCCCUUAACUUCUAAGGAGCCUACCAUGCAAAUUUCCAAAAGCCAGGAAUUAGUGCCGAUGACAGUUGGGCCAUUUUAA